CGCCAUCUCCGCGCGCCGGAAGCCGCUGUGGCGGAGGCGGAAGAUGGCGGCGGCGAAGCGUAGCGUUCUCUCCUCGCUGGCAGUUUACGCUGAGGAUUCAGACCCGGAGUCGGACAGCGAAGCUGGGACGGCGGGAAGCGAUGGGGGAGCGGCCGCGGGAGAGAAAGGAGGCCUGGUCUCGGUUGGGUACGGAGAUGACGACUUCACCCGCCUGGAUGGGGACGAGGAGGGCUAUGAAGAGGAGGACGAUGAGAACAGCAGGCAGUCAGAAGAUGACGAUUCAGAGACUGAAAAACCUGAGGCUGGUGACCUAAAGGAAUUCUCAGAACUGGAGAAAAGAGAUCCUCAGGAGUUAGUUGCUUCUUUUUCAGAGAGAGUGCGGAACAUGUCUCCAGAUGAGAUCAAAAUCCCUCCUGAGCCUCCUGGCAGAUGUUCUAACCACUUGCAGGAUAAAAUUCAAAAACUAUAUGAGAGGAAAAUAAAAGAGGGUAUGGAUAUGAACUACAUCAUUCAGAGGAAAAAGGAGUUCCGUAACCCUAGCAUCUAUGAAAAGCUGAUCCAGUUUUGUUCAAUUGAUGAACUUGGUACAAAUUAUCCAAAGGACAUGUUUGAUCCUCAUGGCUGGUCAGAAGAUUCAUAUUACGAGGCUCUAGCUAAAGCUCAGAAGAUUGAAAUGGACAAAUUGGAGAAGGCCAAGAAGGAACGCACAAAGAUUGAAUUUGUGACAGGCACUAAAAAGGGUACAACAACAAGCGCUGCUUCUACGACAACCACAACAGCCAGUACCACUGUGGGAGAUGCCCAGAAGAGGAAGAGCAAGUGGGACUCGGCCAUCCCUGUAACAACAAUAGCUCAGCCCACCAUCCUCACCACUACCGCAACGCUGCCAGGUGUUGUCACAGUGACAACCAGCGCAAGUGGAUCCAAAACUACAGUCAUAUCAGCUGUUGGCACCAUUGUGAAAAAGGCAAAGCAGUGACUGGUGUGCUGGGCCUGAUUUUUGGACUUAAUUGUCAUUGAAGCCAUUGUUCUCGGAAGGGAGGGGUAGCUUUCACCUUUGGUAAAAGAUGACAAGAUUCUUUGAAAGAACGGGGGCAGGAGCAGGCAUGCCAGCUGUGUGCCCACAGGAACGGACCUCUGCCGAAAAUGACUCUGCCUUUUCUUGCUGCGGGAAGAACCAGUCUGCGUGUGUCGUGCUGGUGGAAGGUGGUAUCUGGAGUCAGCUUGUAAAAGUUAGCUUAGAAAAUUACUGCGUUAGGGUCGUACCCGACUUGCAAGUCUGGUUUGGGUGCGGGGAGGGGGUUGGGGGGGUGGGACACAGAGUCGUGGAGGAAUACCAGCGGUACCCGGUGUAUUCCAGGUCACGCUCGAAGGCUGCUCGCAGCUUGUGGUGUGUACUGAGCCUCCCUCACCUGCGCCAGCUCGGUUCCAAGGGAAUUAAAGCAGGGACAGCUGGUCAGUGUCCAUCUUCAGACGUGACCUGAAGGGAUCUACAUCUGUGAAUGUAGACUCGCUCUUUGUUAUAGCUCUGACACCUGUACCUGUGUGCGUAUCUGUGUAGAUCUUCGUGACUACGUGUUAAAUAGUUGAACUAUUGAGGCAACUGUGCUGGAAUAGUCUUGUUACCGUCUUGCAGGGGUGGAGAUUUCUAUGCAGGACCCGUAAGCUGUAGAGGCUUGAUUUGUUAACUCAUUUGCAAAGACCUGUGCGGAAAACUCUUCCAUUGCCAUGGAAUGAGAUUGGACGGCAGAUAAGCAGAGGGGUGUGUCUGAUCUUAAUUGUGGUAUUGUCCAUCUUUGUACUAGGUAGUGAUGUACUGUGAAAUGCACACAUGGCAGUUACUGCUUGCUCCACUGUUGUGAAAAGGUAUUUUCAGUUGAAAAUUUUAUUGUAUAAAUCUUCUUACCUGUGUAGCAAAAAAUUAUUAUAAAAAUUCAAGAGUCUUUCAAAAAAACCCCACCCUGGUGUCAUUGAUGUGUCUGCAUUUCUCAUCUUGCCGAGGGAGAAUCAGUAUCCAUUUGUUGCACUUUGGGUUACGGAUACCGUUGGGUGAGUAU